CAGGAAUUGCUUGGUAGGCAAAGCUUAUCACAUUAAAAUCUCGGAUUUCUGUACGGGCAACGAAUUGUACGCGUGCGAUUAUUACAAAGUCGAUGGCACGGUGCCCCUGCCGAUACGCUGGAUGGCCUGGGAAUCCAUAUUUUUGGGCAAGUACACGACGAAGACCGACGUAUGGGCGUUCGCGGUGACCCUGUGGGAGAUCUUGAACCUGGGCCGCCGCGUCCCGUACGAGCACUUGUCAGACGAGGAAGUGGUGCAGAGCCUCCGCCGAUUGCAUCGCGCGACGGAGUGCAGCGACAGCAACGGGGAGAACAAUUGCAAGGAGGACACCGAAAACCUGUUCGACUAUUUACCGCAACCGAUCGCCUGCUCGAAGGAUAUUUACGACCUGAUGCUGGACUGCUGGCGGCGCGAGGAGACUGAGAGGCCGACCUUCCGGGAGAUCUCGAUGUUCCUGCAGAGGAAGAACCUUGGUUACGCGCCCACGUCCUGAUACUGAACGUCGAGGAUAGUCGACGAGCACGAUGCCCGUGGCGGGUGCCACGCGUGCCCGGCUAAGAACCGUUCGAACGUGGACCGAGGGCCGAUCGACGACUCGUUUUAUCCUCACUGGAUAACCGUGCGAACGAGAUUCUGAAUUUGGACAUCGAAGAAUCGUUACAACGACGUCCCGGCUUUCUGAAAUGGAGGAUAUUCAAGGGUAGAAAAUACAAUCGUGAAACUGUGAAUUCGACAAUCGAAUGGAGACGGGCGAUCCGAAGGUCGCAUAGAGUCUCGAGGACCCCGUGGAUUUUUGGUCCUCGAGAAUUUAGGAGCAAUAUCGUGUAAUCGUAAUUCAGCUGUGAACAUUCCUGCAUGGAUUAUAAGAAUGUAUCUUCGAGGUAAAUAGGGAUACUUACUUAAGCAAUUAGAAUCUUCUUGGAAGCAUAAAUGAAGGAAAUUCGAGAAAAUGGGGAUUCGUCGACACUCAUGGCAAUAUACGGUUAACCUAAUCAGACUACUCGGCGAUAUGACGGAGAAGAAAAUGUAAGUGUAAAAAAAGAACGAGUAUGAGUGAGUGUGAACGUGUAGGUGGUUACAAUUCGUCGUGCGUAAAUUAAUCGUAAUUAUUAGGCGCUCAUUAAGCUUUUUUGCUUCGAAGACUGUCGAAUCUCGUGUACGUCACGAUAGAACUCGAGUUAAGAGUCGUUAGAGCAUGGAGGGGUUAGAGUACGGCGAAAGAAGUGAUUUUGCGCGAGAGACUUCGACGAUAUCAUAUUAAUUCUGGAGGGAACGGUAUGGAUCAGUGAUGGGCAAUUGUGCUCGAGGGGUGCACAAUUCUACAUUUUUACAAAAUUCUUCAAAUACUAAAUCUUUAAAAAAGGCAACUAAAUUC